CACGUUAACUGCUGGACAGUACGUCGCGCAUGCGCACAAAUGCCACUGAGUGGGUUCCUGGAUAUAUACGUAAACAACCAUCAUGGUGAAAACCUGCAGUGUAUACAAGUGCGCAAACCAGUUUGACCGGUCAAAGAAAGUAAGAAGUUUUUUUCGGUUCCCAAAAGAUAUGCGGAAGCGGAAGACAUGGUAAAAGCACUUAACAGGGAUGGUUGGGUUCCUAACGAAAGUUCGUGGAUAUGUUCCGAGCAUUUUAUCGACGGCUGGCACGGAUAUGACCCUGCUGACAAGAAUUACGCUCCGACAAUUUUUCAAAUACAAGGUGGUUAAACAACAGACAUCAACAUAUCAAGAGAGACAAGAAACCUGGCUAGAGAUGAAUCCAAGGAAAGCCAAUAUUUGAAAACAAAACAAAUACCGCUGGAGGAGGUAAACAAGAGAGUGUCUUCACCCAUGCACAGAGGGUCCUGUAAGCCUGUUCCAGAACCUGAAGCUGAGGCUGAGGUUCAAGAAGAGGAUGACACAGAUGUUAAUGUUCAUGUUGACACUGUGCCUUGAUGGGAAAAAAAAAAUGAAAAACAAUUUGAAAUUCUCCCUGAUCCCCAUAGGUGUCCAAUGUGAUGAAGACCCUCUUCUCUUGGAGAGUAGGCGACUCCAGGAGGAAGUAAGAUUACUAAAAGAGGAGGUACGCCAGCUCAAAUGGGGAGUAGGCAAAAUAAAGGACAAUGACACACGGACACGAUUUUACACUGGUCUCCCAACAUUUGCCGUUUUCUUGUGGCUGUACAAGUUUCAUGAUCCCUGUGCUGGCUGUUUCCCAGUUAUACCAGAUCCAUAACAGUUCCUCACUUGGUCACUUCUCCACGAACAUUG